UGGCUGGUUCCGUUCCACCUCAACAAAUUCUCUCUCUCUCUCUCUCUCUCUCUCUCGUUCUUUGAGCUUCACCUUCCCAAUCUACGCUGUAAUCUCUGCCUCUCUCUCCUGCACCAGAUUGCACUCAGAGUCUCAUGGUGCUGGAAGUCUCUCUUUUGUUUGUGAUCCGUGCACUUUGUAUCGGCAUUGUUCGGUUCAAUGCGGUUUCCGGUUUCGGCAGGGGUAGCUGGCGGCGUUCUAUUAACUUCAUUGGCUUCGGAGGGUUUUCAUCGUUUUCUUACCUUCGGGAAGAUCAAAUGUAUUAAUUUAUUCCCCAGAGAUUCUUGCAUCUACGGAUCGUAGUUCGUGCCGAGAAUUUGUCUGGAGGCUGGAGCAGUAUGUGCAGACUGAGUCUGCUGUGAGUUCGCCUCCCCGUUUCGACGGCCAGGAUCAACUAUAGUCCUUGUCUGCUAGACUAGAAUGUCAGGCCUUGAAGGGAUUUGUAUUCAUGAUGAAAUUAGAGAGAGGAGGUACGAUUUUGAGUGCUCUGAAGAUGAAAGGCGGCGGUCCAAAAUUGGAACACUAAAAAAGAAAGCAAUAAAUGCUUCAUCUAAGUUCACUCAUUCUCUUAAGAAAAGAGGCAAAAGAAAAAUCGACUAUAGGGUUCCAGCUGUUUCCAUUGAGGAUGUGAGAGAUGCGCAAGAGGAGACGGCUGUCUUAGAAUUGCGUCAAAAACUGAUCGAGAGAGGAUCAUUACCUACGAGGCAUGAUGACUAUCAUACAUUGUUAAGAUUUCUGAAGGCUAGGGAUUUUAACAUGGAGAAGACCAUCCAGAUGUGGGAAGAAAUGCUUACGUGGAAAAAAGAAUAUGGAACAGAUUCCAUCCUUGAGGAUUUUGAAUUUGAAGAGAUUGAAGAAGUAUUGCAGUAUUAUCCCCAAGGUUAUCAUGGAGUUGAUAAGGAAGGUAGACCGGUUUACAUUGAGAGACUUGGGAAAGCUCAUCCCAGCCGCCUCAUGCACAUAACAACAAUUGAUCGAUAUGUGAAAUAUCAUGUCCAAGAGUUUGAGAGGGCUCUGCAGGAGAAAUUUCCUGCGUGUUCCAUUGCAGCAAAGAGACAGAUUUGUUCGACAACAACAAUAUUGGAUGUACAGGGCUUGGGAAUGAAAAACUUCUCACGUACUGCUGCUAAUCUUGUGGCCACUUUGUCAAAAAUAGAUAACAGUUACUAUCCCGAGACUUUACAUCGGAUGUAUAUUGUCAAUGCUGGCACCGGCUUCAAAAAGAUGCUUUGGCCUGCUGCUCAAAAGUUUCUUGAUGCCAAAACUUUGGCAAAGAUACAGGUUCUUGAACCCAAGUCUUUAUAUAAACUACUUGAGGUCAUUGACUCUAGUCAACUACCAGACUUUUUGGGAGGAUCAUGUACGUGUCCUGGAGAAGGUGCAUGUCUGAGAUCUAACAAGGGUCCAUGGAAUGAUCCUGAUAUCAUGAAGCUCGUAAAUAAUUCUGAGGGAACAUUUGUGAGGCAAAUCACGAGAGUAUCCAGUGACCACCAGCACUAUGGCCCUCAGAUUCAGAUACGCCCACUGAAGGGAAGAUUCAGUGAUACAUCGACAGCUGAAUCGGGUUCUGAUAUUGAUGAUCCCUGUUCUCCCUUGGGACAGAGGAGUUCUACUUAUUCUCGUUUAGACCCAGUUCACGAAGAAGGCAGGGUGUUAGAAUCCAAUGCCUACUAUAGUUUUGAUGAUAGCAUUCCUGCUACUGAGAAAGCGGUCAAGAGUGAUAACUGUCACUGUACUGAGGAUCAGCCUCUUCAAAUCCCCAUGAGGAAUCUUGCUUGCAGGGGAAAUUCAGGCACUUUACUCAGGCAUUGGUUCAACAUGUUUAAGGAGAAAAUAGAGAGAAGGGAUUUCUUUGAUGUGGCAAGAGUUAUGUUAUCUUUCCUGGAUAAGCUUGUUGCAUACUUCUGUGGUCUAAAAUUUGAAGUUUGGAGAUCUCAGGGCAAUGUUUCCCCAUCCAAUCCUGUGGAACAAAACACAGGUAACCAAUCACCAGCAGUUGGAGCAGCCAAUGAAAGGGAUCAUACUUUUCCUCGUGAACAGUAUGAACAGCGUCUUCAGAAACUAGAAAGGACUUUUGAGGAACUUAGCAGCAAGCCUACUGAUAUGCCUCUGGAGAAGGAGGAAAUGCUAAUGGAAUCUUUAGAUAGGAUUAAGUCUGUCGAGUUUGACCUUGAAAAGACGAAGAGGGUACUACAUGCUACAGUAAUGAAGCAGCUUGAGAUUUGUGAGUUGCUGGAUAACAUGCAGGAAGCAAAGAGUCGACAAAGAAGAUUGUUCUGUUGAAUUUUCAUCAAGAUUGCAAAGAGGAGACCCUGACAUCUCUGAGAGGAUAGUUUCAUUUCAUAGAAAAUACACUAGAGUUGUUACAAACUCACAACACGAACGAGGUUGAGGCAAAGUGACGGAGCACGUCAUUCGAGCACAUUACGGAAGAGGCAGCCCCUUUGUUGAGUACGCAAAAUGAUUCAUUUCCCUCAAAAUCCUUUUCAUCUCACAGCUGAUAGUUGAGAAUAGAAAGCGAAUACAAAAAAAAAAAAGGUUAUAGCUGAUAAAUUUUCUUCCUUGGAGUAUAAUUUUGAUCAUGAGACUGUUUUAAGAAUAAUAAAUUUUAGUUACACUGACCCAAAAAGAGGAGGAAGGUAAAAAAAGGGUGUGUUGGGGUGGGGGGGUAAUGUUUAGACAUCUCGGUGGCCCCAUUAGCGGGUGGGGACAUCAGCGUGUACAAAAAUGUUGAAGGUAUGUGUAUUAAUCACUCUGAGGAAACUGUUUGUCUUAAAUAUUGGAUGCAUUGUUGCAUUGUUGUAGUGUCAUUGUCGAAUAUGACUCAACGUCAACGCAUUUGGAAAAUGUUGAGUGGCAUUUGUCGAGUGUAAUAACUUACAUAGUAUUUGGACCACCAUAAAUACUCUUGAGAAAUAAAAUAAAAUAAUGUAUGUAUUGUAGAUACAUAAA